AUGAUCCAAUCAAUGCUACAAAAAAGAGGCCUGCAAGGGGCAUAACUAAGAUGGAGGGAAUAUUCUCAAGGUCACCUGAAAUGCCAAAAAUCAAAAUUUUACUCAAUGAUCGAGGUCAGCCUAUUGGUAAAAGUGCUAGACAACUUUCAAGUGCUAUUGGGUGUCAAGUUAGAAAGAAAUUGUCUAUUGCUACCACGGACUGGAGGCUUGUUGAUAUAAACAAGAAGUAUGAGUUGUGGGAGGAUAUAAAGACAUAUUAUGAUGUAGAUGCUGCUGCCUUAAACUGGGUUAUGCGCACAGCUGGAAAGAAGUGGAAGCAAUUUAAAGCAUCCAUAAAGCAACGAUACUUCAAUCCUGAAUUGUCUAUAAAAGAAAUUCCAGAAUAUCCUGAUAAGAGGGUUAAUGAUGAUGAUUGGCACUCUAUGUACAACUAUUGGAUGUCUUCUGAAUUUCAGGAUCGCUCAGAAAAAGCUAAAAUAAAUCGACAAAAGCUAAAGAUGCACCAUACAGCCGGCAGUGUGAGCUAUGCAUGUUCAGAAUAUGAUUUGGCUGUGAAACUAGGACGUCCUCCACGAAGAGAUGAAAACUUUAUCCAAACCCAUACAAGAAAAAAUGGUGUUCCUACAGAACAGGCAAAACCAAUAAUUGACCAACUUAAUGAUGUUCUUGGAGUAUAUCCAGAGUUAAAGGACCGGUCAAUUCAAGAGGGUGAUGCAUUCUCUAUUGUUUGUGGACCGAAAGAGCCAAAAGGAUAUGUUCGUGUUUUGGGUUUAGGCCCUACUCCUCAAGAUAUUGGCACUCCAGAGUUGAAGUCUUAUACUGAAACAAGACUACAAAUGGAGAUUCUUGCUCGUACAAAGGUUCAAAGUGAGAAGGCUGCUUUAGAAGAGCAUGUACUUGAGCUACAGACUCAAAUUGAGCAAAGGGCUCAACCAGACCGGGCAAGUGAAGAGCCCAUGUCACAUCGCGGCUCUACUUCAUUUCAACAUAAGGUAUUCAAUAUUUUCAUUCAUGCUGCUUUAUCCUAAUUUUCUAGAUUCCUUGUACUAUGCUAUGAAAUUGUGUUUCUUAAGGUGACGAGGAACAAGUUUGCUGCUGAGGAUGAGGAAGACAAUGAAGAAUAUUGUGCUUCUGAAGAUGAGGAAUUAGAUGAUGAGGAUGAUCAAAUAUUUCAUCAGAUGCAAGGUGCAAACUCACCAAGAUCUACAAGGCACUUUGCUGAAGCUUCACACUCUAAACAUGAUGAUCUUGUUGGAAAAGAUGUCAUAUUAUAUGCUAUGUUGAGAUCUGAUUUGCCUGUGGCUAAAGGGACAAUUGUUUCUACUAAACCAAGCACCACAGUUGGAGGCCAGAUCCUUGGAAGGCAAUAUUGUGAAGUUAUUGUAACUUGUGUGAUAAAACGAGAUACAGUUUUGCCUCGCCCUUGUGCAAAUGUGGAAACUAUGGCUGAUGCUUACAUGAUGUCAGUUGCAUGGCCGUACAAGAAACUGAAGUUGGUGCAUAAGGCUGCAACACCGUCUAGUGGAGGGUGUUCUGGACAAAGAAAGCUUGUACCUUAAAACAGGAGGAUACAAGAAGCUGGAGUGGUUGUCUGAAGGCUUUUGAACUGCUUGAAGCAUUAGUGUAGCUUUGGUGCUUUUGUGACUGAUCAGCUCUGGAGCAGCUAGAGUGAUGUAGUUGUGGGCUUUUGAACAAUAGCUGGAGUGAUAUGAAACAUUAGUGAUGUAGUUGUGGGCUUUUGAACUGCUUCAAGCUGGAGUGAUGUCGCUGUGGUGCUUUUGUGACUGAUCAUCUCUGGAGCUUUUGUGAAUGAUCUAGCUAUUUGUAAAUGAUCUAAUUGUGAAUGAUAUUAUAAUUGUGAUGCUUU